AUGAGCCACUUUUCGUUUUAUACUAUUUUCCUCUUGUUUUGUUGUCUGAAUUCUUCUUCUUACGCUUCUACAGACUCGUUCAUUUCAUGUCUAUCAACAAGGAAUGUUGCACAAUCCAUAAUCUACACAACACUUAACCAAAACUACACCUCAGUCCUUCAAGAAUACAUCCGAAAUGGCCGUUUCAACACAUCCCAAACCCCAAAACCAACCCUAAUCUUAACCCCGACCGACGAAUCCCAAGUCGGAGAGGUCGUGAUAUGCGCGAAGGAGGCCUCUCUAGAUCUCAGAAUCCGGAGCGGUGGCCACGACUAUGAAGGCCUCUCCUACACAUCCAAAACCCCAUUCGCCAUCCUCGACAUGUUCAACCUCAGGUCUAUCAAGAUAGACCUGACAAACCAAACUGCACCCACUGCUUGGGUGCAGUCUGGCGCUACACUGGGUGAGCUAUACUACAAAAUAUGGGAAACAAGCGAAAACCUCGCUUUCCCUGCUGGUGUCUGCCCCACCUUGGGCAUCGGCGGCCACAUCAGCGGCGCCGGCUACGGAAACCUCCUCCGGAAAUACGGCCUCUCCAUCGACAACGUGGCCGACGCAAAGGUAGUCGAUGCCAGUGGGAGAAUCCUCGACCGCGAGGCGAUGGGCGAAGACCUUUUCUGGGCAAUCAACGGCGGCGGCGCCGCCAGUUUCGCGGUGGUGCUGUCGUACAAAAUCAAUCUAGUCACUAUACCCAAUCCGGUCACGAUUUUCAAGGUCACGAAAACCCAAGACGAAAACGCGACGGAAAUUCUCCACCGCUGGCAAUUCGUGGCCGACAAAUUCGACAACGAGUUAUUCGUUAGGGCUAAUCUCUUCGCAAGUGGGAACGCGACAGCUUCCGUUACUUUCCUUGCAAUGUACCUCGGAAAUUCGGACGACCUCGUACGAAUUUCCGCGGCGCAGUUUCCCGAGCUAGGGUUAGAGAAACAGCAUUGCAAGGAAAUGAGCUGGAUCAAGGCCGCCAUGCUGUGGGCCGAAUUUCCGGACGACGCCCCGGAAACGGCCUUGCUAGCCCGAAACCCGGGCCCGUCCACGUUCAAAAUAAAAUCGGACUACGUGACAAGCCCGAUUUCGCUGACCGGGCUCGACGGAUUGCUGCGGCGGAUCGCCGCCGUGGGAAAUGGGUUGUUUGUGAAAUUCAAUCCGUACGGCGGGCGGAUGAGUGAGAUUCCGGCGGCGGCGACGGCGUUUCCACAUAGGGAGGGGAAUAUUUUCAAGAUUCAAUAUUUCUAUUUCUGGGGUGAAGUGGGCCCGGGUGUGGAAGAAAACCGUUUGCAGAUAGUGAGGGAUUUGUAUGAUUACAUGGAGCCGUUUGUGUCCAAGAAUCCGAGGAAGGCUUAUUUGAACUAUAGAGAUAUUGAGAUUGGUAGCAAAUCGGAGGGAAAUGGUGUGGAAGCUUAUAAUGAGGCUAAGAUUUAUGGGGAGAAAUAUUUUGUGGAUAAUUUUGAUAGAUUGGUGAGGAUUAAGAGUGUGGUUGAUCCCACUAAUUUCUUUAGCCAUGAGCAGAGCAUUCCACUUCUGCAGGAAUAA